AUGAAAUUGCCAGCAUCUCUCAGAGUUCUUAACUCACGGAAACGUGUAGAACAUCAAAAUUGUGACUCUUUUUCCACUCCCACCCAGAGAGGCUUCCCUCAGGUCACUUGUUACUUUACGAAAGAAAUAUUUCUUGUUUAUUUAAUUUUCAACAGCAACCAGUCACAAAGGAUAAGUUGGAUAUCUGACAUUAUUGUGGUGGUCUCUCCUGAAAAUAUUGAAACAAUGAAGACUAUCAUUGAAAAAUAUGGCCACAAAAGAGUUACAGUAGUAGAAGGUGGAAUAACUCGUCACCGGUCAAUUUUCAAUGGACUGAAAGUAUUUGCAGAGAAGGAAUUUUCCAGCCGUCUGCUCCAGAAACCAGAAGUAGUGAUUAUCCAUGAUGCUGUGAGGCCAUUUGUAGAAGAAGAUAUUCUUUCAAAAGUGGUUAUGGCUGCUAAAGAACAUGGGGCAGCAGGAGCAAUUCGUCCUCUAGUUUCUACUGUUGUUGCCUCUGCUGCAGAUGGCUGUUUAGACCACUCAUUGGAACGUGCCAGGUACAGAGCGAGUGAAAUGCCUCAAGCUUUCUUGUUUGAUGUAAUCUAUGAAGCAUAUCAACAGUGUACAGACUAUGACCUGGAUUAUGGAACUGAAUGUUUGCAUCUGGCUCUGAAAUACUGUAAAACAAAUGCCAAACUUGUUGAAGGAACAGCUGACCUCUGGAAGGUGACCUACAAGCGGGAUCUGUAUGCAGCUGAAUCGAUUAUUAAGGACAACCUUUCACAAGAAGUUUGUGUUAUUACCGAUGCAAAUGAAACUGUUGCACAAGUUGGUUUUCUCCUUCCUGAAUCUCUGAAAAGACAAAUAAAAGUUGAAACUGUAUCAAUAUCUCAAAGCAGAAAUGAUAGCCAUCUACAAAGCAUCUUUUCAGGACAGUGCUACAAUUUUGUUUGUGUAAAUGAUAAAAAGUGUGCCAUUCAAGAAACUCAGCAACUAGUGCAUAUGUUGGAAAAAUCAGAUAUUCCUCUCUUACAUCCAGUUGUCCUUAUUUCGGUGUACUUGGAUAUAUCAGGAAAUAAUUCUUUCAGCAUUGGGAUGGAAGAACUAGCUAGCAUCAAGAAAUUUGCAAGGGAAACUAAAAAGAAAAACAUUUUGGUUUAUGGUCUCCUUAUCCAAUAUAAGGACCCUUCACUUCUUCAGGAGACAGUAAAUUCUGCUGCUGCUCUUAUCAUGGCACUAAUAAAGGACAGAAACCCGGAGCUGAUUGGCCAGCUGUUGGUAGCAUAAGACCAUAAAUCAUGUGUAGCUUUCGGAAACCUUUGUUUUUCAUCAUCUAUUCACCAAAUGUCUUAAGUCAUUUUACUCUUUGAUUAAAACUAUGGAUUUAUGCCAUUUACUAUUAAGGUCCUUUAACAGCAUAUUUUUGAUACUUAAAAUGCAAGUCUGAUAUUAUGUAUAAAGUGUAAUAGGAAAUACAAAUAAUUCUGAGAUACACUGGGUACAUACUGUGAGGAAUGAUACUGAAAUGUUUUUUAAGGUACUGAUCAUUUAAAAAGGUGCACGCAGGACACCAAAGCAUUCAUGCAGAAUUGUCUUUAAACAUGUGUGUGGUUGUAUUCUAGGACUGCAUGACUUAAAUUUUAUUUAAGAUAAAUUAAUCCUAAAGCACAGCUUAUCUACUUUAUAUGAAAUUAUUUAAAAAUUGUUGCUUUAAUACCUAUCAGUGAAUGCAGAGUUCAUUAUAGAGUGUAGCCUUCCUGACAUUAAAAGAAACACAUAUUGCAAGAAGUGUGGGAAGGGUCAGGUCCCCAUCCUCUGUGAAAUGAAGGUAACCUCAAAUCAAAGAAAAGACAUGCAUGGGGACAACAAGGUGCUAAACCCCAGUUUUCCAUAUGCAGUAUGCUCUGGCUGUAGCCUUUUGGUGCUACACUUCUUCCAGUGCCCACGUGCCAUCAUUCAGAACUAGCUCCUGUAGCACCACUGAGUUACUGUAGUGCAAAUACUCUGUUUUUGCACAUCUGUCUAUGUAUAUGCAUGUAUGUGUGUAUGAAUGCUUAAAGGGUGAGAAAAGGGUUAGGACCGAAAAAAAUGUUUCACUACCCAAUCUAUAGGUCAUGGAGAAAUAAGAAGGUUCUGUUAGCUCAGCUGUGAAAAUACGAUUUUUGUCUCUUGCUGAUUAACGUAUGUUUGUAUUAAAUAGUAGUCAAGAGACUAGGCCUUAUGAAUUCAAAUAUAUGCUCCAUGGAUAGUCACAAGUGGGACAGGAAGAUGAAAUGGUGAAUGAUUAUUAUGGGGAGUAUCUCCAAGUGUCACAACCAUUAAGAACAAUACGAGUCCCUGAAAACAUCUGUCCCUCCCUAUGCAGCAGACUCAGGAAUUCCAUCUCUCUUGCAAUUUGUGAAGGGGCUAGGUUAGUGUCUUGCGUACCUGCUGUGACUAGAAUACAGUCUUGGAGCAGUAUUCCCACAAGAAGUGUUCAGUGAGUCCCUGAUUCAAUCUGUCCUGAGUGAGAGCACUGUCAGUUCAGCAAGUUUCCCUCUAAAAACAGCAUUCCUCCCCUUACUCCCACCAUGUUCCACACCCUCUCAUGCUCUGCACUUGGUUCCCUUCCUCUUUCCCUUGACACGACUAUCUAUAAUGCUAGUUUAAAUCCCUUUUAGAAGCUGAUCUUGAUCCCAAAACUUCCUUCACUGCAUAAUAAAAUAAAGAGUUUUUAGCUGAGGAUUCUGUAUCCAAAGCAGACAUUUUCUUCCACACAGAAGUCAUGCAAAGACAACUAACAAAGUUCUUGUACAUCAUCUGCUUUUUUCUUUGCUUUUUUCUCCUCUCUACUUUGAUUAAUAAUUUGUCCUUUCUGUCAUUGUAUAACAUAAACAUUCAUAUUAGCUUUUUGUAUGGCUAUACAAUAGGCAUAUUUUGUUCAUUCAUGUCUGUUCAUAUGCAGAGUAUGCAAAUAAAUGAAGAACUAAAGAAUUUAUUACUGGUAUCCAUAAUUUAACAGGACAGAUUUCACAAAUAAGUUUUCUGAAUUUGCUUUUAUAUUAAUAAAUUUGAUGAAAGAAUUUGUUUCACAGGCUUUUAAAAGACAUGAUGAAAGAUGUGUCUUUGAGCGUAUUUUGUGAUUCUUUUUUUCUUGAAGACUAAAAUACAAUGUGAUGUGUUUUCCCCAAUUAAUAAGCAAGUGAAUUUAGAACAUCCAUAAUGUUUUCUAGCCACUCUAAUUUACAUCAUGAUAUUGCCUUAAUGCUGGUUUGUGUGUAACAUCAUUUGCUUAAACAGAACCUUUUAUUUUUUAAGGUGGUUUUACUUACAUUCUCCUAGAAGGAUUUCCAUCCAAUUAAAAAUGAUACUGCAAUGAAUUGCUGUAAUGAAAAAAUAUAGUUGUUUAUGGACUUAUUUUGAAAAGAAAACAGACAACGCACAACAAAAAGUAAAUGUUGGGUCAUCAAAUAUACUUAGUACUAAUCUUAAAAGGAAGAUAAGAUUAAUUGCUAAUGUACUGUUAAUCAUUGCAUUAUAGAUUUUUUAAUCUUUAACAAUCUUUUCAAAUAAUCUACAACCACUGAAAAAUCUAUUUUGCUGGAAGCAAAUACACCAACAACAGAACUACUAAAACAGAUCAUGAAAUACUAGAACUGCAGUAAAAAAACAAAAACAAAGAGAAACUGGACUGUGAUUAAUGCUAUUGUGUAUCCAAACCAAAUUGAAAUGUUCUUUUGGGUGAUUGUUAGUACUUACAAUGGGAAUAAAAAUAUAAAAUGAAA